AUGUUAGGACAAUUAUUGCUGGUGUCACUUCUGGUGUCCACACAAUCUGCUCCAUUCUUUGCUCAAGAUACUAACUGUGAUACUGCUGAAGCUAAGAAAUGUGCUCGCGCGGUUACGAGGAUUCCAGACGCCCUGGAAGAAGAUCUCGAAUUCUUUUGUAAUCCAUUGAAGCACUGCACCGACGAGGUGCUUCUUUGCAAUGCAACCUUAACUGAAAUCCAAAAGGUGAAAUCUAGAUGCUGGGUUAUUCCAUCACCUAAUCCAACAUCAAACCCCAACACUUCGACCACCAACUCAACAACAGUGGCUCCAACAACUCUUCCGGUCUCUUCAACUCGCCAAGUCACAGCAUCUUCCGAAGAGGUUACACCAGCUGAAGAAACAACAGAGGCUCCGGUAGCGAACGUAACAAUCUCUACUGGCACUCUAGGGAAUCCCACGACAACUACGGCACAGUCCCCGACCACUCCGACAGUUUCUGUGAAUACAACUCUACCAGCAACGACUCUGCUCACUGAUGCUCCCACCACUUCUUCAACAAGUACUUCUACUACUACAGAAUCUACCACUGACGUUAAAACCACCCCAGAUGCUCCAUCCACAGUUGCUCUCACCUCUCCAACAUCUCCAACUUCUACUACUACAGAAUCUACCCAGGGAACAACCUAUCAUCCACCCGUCACAGAGCCGUCCUCAACCGGCACAACUACUUGGUAUUUCCCAAAAUACUUGGAUAUCGUCACCGCUUCCUGUGUUGCCCAGUUAGAAGCAGCUGGCGGUCAGCACUCGGACCUUGUAAACAUUGUGAAUGGCGCCAUUUUUGUAGCAGAAUAUAUGGAUCCACCAAUUCAAUUCUACCAAUGCUAUUACCUCAAUGAUCAAUAUUGGAUGCAACGUGGGUUGGAUUCAGUGAGCCAAGUCUGCGGAGCAUACGAUGCAAAUAUUUUGAGAACUCGAUUGAUCAACACCAGAAACCAGCUUGGUUGUGAUGUUUUUGGCACAGUUGUCUACACACAUUAA